AUGCCUGACCCAAAUUCCCAAAAACUUCUUGUUAGCCUAAAGUUGCUUUAUAAACGUGGUAUGUAUACCUUCUGUUGUUCUUUAUCGUCGGCUCAACUGGUUGAGGAUAACCCCUCCACAACAGAAUCAAUAGUACUUCCUUGUCCAGAGUAUUUGAGAAGAUCUUGUACUUAUGGAUUAGGAUAUGACGUAACUGGUAAUGACUAUAAGAUCCUUAAGAUUGAUGCGAUGGAACUCGAUGAAGACAAAGUGCCCUAUGAAGUUCUUGAGUUGAAAAGUGGUUCUUGGAGAAAUAUUGGUUAUCAUCCAACUGGAAAUAUCCUUAUGACGGCUCCUUGGGCACCUAUUUUGUAUCCUUUGGCAUUUAUACACGGAGCAUUCCAUUGGCUUGGUUCGUCACUAGGUAUUACUCGGUCAGCUUAUUGUUGUUCUGUGGUGUCAUUUACUCUUUCAAAUGAGGUGUACGGAGAGAUUCCCGUGCUAGAGCGAAUGUGCUAUAUAUCCAACCUCGGGUUCGACCAGCUUGGCAUUUCAGUAUUGAGAGAAAUGAUUUGUUUUCAUUAUACUUAUAAUCAUCAGGGGGAGGGUACUUUUAAGUUAUGGGUCAUGAAAGAUUAUGGCGUCAAAGAAUCUUGGACUGAAUUGUUGACAAUACAUGAUACUAGUCUUUUUUCAGUCAGACCAAAAUACAUGUUUGCGAAUGGUGAAGUUUUACUGUGUUGUGGAUAUUCGCAGCAUUGUGGUACGAUAUUUAGGACAUCCACAGGACCAUUUGGAUUAUGGCCUCAACAUGAUGAUACCAUUCAGGAAGGAUUUGCAUAUACAGAGAGCUUGAUCUCUCCUAAAAUGCUUACUUAG